UCUUGAUUUAAAGAGGUUUUCGUUUCUUCAACUUCCCCCACCACACAACUUUGUGUUUAUAUUAAUUUAAAAUUUUCCCUUCUCUCUCUCAGAGUUGAAAAUGGGAAUCUGUAUAUCCUCUGCAUCUUCUCAGAUUCGCCAUGAAACUAACGGAGUUGGGAGUAUUUUUGAAGAAGAUUACAAGUCUUAUUCUGUUUGUGGGAUUCAGAAACUGGAAUCCAUUUGUUCCAAGCAAGGGAGCAAAGGGCUCAAUCAAGAUGCUGCCUUUUCCUAUCAAGAGUUUGGAGGAGUAGAGGAGAGUGAUUUGGUUGGUGUGUUUGAUGGGCAUGGACAAAAUGGUCAUAUUGUGAGCAACAUAGUGAAGAAUAGAUUACCUUCACUAUUGCUUGGGCAGAUAACCGCUAAGUCAAGUUUGAUGCAAAGCAAGAGUUUUGAUAAGUGGAAAGAAGCUUUUGAGACUUCCUUCAAGGUCAUGGAUAAGGAGAUCAAACUUCAAGAGAAUUUGGAUUGCUCCUGCAGUGGAUCCACUGCUGUUGUCCUCGUCAAACAGGGAGAUAAUUUGGUGAUUGGGAAUUUAGGGGAUUCAAGGGCGGUGAUGGGGAGAAUGAGGGAUGAUGGAAUCGAAGCCGUUCAAUUAACGACAGAUUUGAAGCCUGGAUUAGCGAGUGAGGGGGAGAGAAUAAGGAGUUGCAAAGGGAGAGUGUUGGCUUUGAAAGAAGAGGCUCAUAUACAGAGAGUGUGGCUGCCGAAUGAAGACGCGCCGGGGCUGGCUAUGUCGAGAGCUUUUGGAGACUUUGCUCUUAAAGAUUAUGGCAUCAUUGCUAUCCCCGAUGUCUCCUUCCGCCGUCUUACUUCUCACGAUCGUUUUAUCGUUCUCGCCACUGAUGGGAUAUGGGAUGUGUUAAGCAACGACCAAGUAGCAUCCAUCGUGUGGGCGGCGGAGAGCGAAGAAGCAGCGGCAAAAGCGGUGGUGGAGGCAGCUGCAGAGGCUUGGAAACGCUACCCUUCUUCAAAACAUGAUGAUUGCACCGCCGUUUGCCAUUUCUUACAAACCCAUAACGCCACUGAAUGAAACUAAACUAGUAAUAACUAUAUGGAUGGAGCAGUUAGAACCGCUGUUUUUCAUCGUCGAUCAGUCCAUGUCCGGGAUCGGGAUUGGGAUGAGGAAGGUCUUCAAGGCUGCAAUUUUUAAUAAGAAACGAUUGUGAAAUAAAAUAGUUGUUGUUUUACGGUAAAUAUAUUGGUAGGAUUGAUUUUGAAACAGCAUAUUAAAUAAAAGGGUCAUUUGACCAUUUCAGAAUCAUUCAAAACAAAAGAAGAAAGAAGCAUGAAGAGAAUGUGAUGUAUGUCGGGGAGAAAAA